UUGGCACGUCUUUUUUAGGACUAUGAAACUCUAUAAAUACCCUCUCCAUCUCCUGCUAUUUCUCCUUCCUUUCCUCCAUCUCCUCGAUCUCUUUUCACACCUACCAAUUUCUUCAUCUUUUCCCUUUCAUUCUGUCUCUUCGAUUUCGACUCUCCAUCAGGAUAAUAAUUAUUUUCACAGGAGUUAAGUUCUACAUACAUUUGAACAAGGAAGGGAUACGAUUGAUGUUGCUGGGCUUUGAAGAGUAAACAUUGUUCUAAGUUUUGUUUGUGUGAUAUAAAUGCUUAGCUUCUGAAAAUGAUAUUUCAGGAAGCUUGUGUUUAAUGGAAAGUUCACCCAGCACCAAUGAUAAGAAAACUUUGAAGAGGUGGUUUUUUAUUGAUAAAACAGUUGGAUAAAGAGUGAUUACACAUUUUCUUCCGUAUUGGCUGUUGAGUACCAUACUCUACUCUAUAAGUUGGUCCUCCUUGAUCAAUGGAUUUGAAGUCAAAAAACGCUUCUCCUGUUCUUGCCGAUCCUGGUCCUAUAAACAAGUCUAGAUUAGGGAUUCAUUCCAGUAUGAUGCCUUGCUCACAGUCUGGAGCUUCAUUCUCCUCGAGUAUUUUAACAGCUCCAAGAAAGAAGCCCGGAAAGCUUGAUGAUGUACGCUCAAAUGGUUGGCUAGAUGCUAUGCAUUCUUCUUCACCUCCUCGUAAGAAGAUAGUUAAGGAUUUUGUGGUUGAGCACGCAUCUGAUGACAUUGAUAUAGUUUAUAACUCUUGGAUGCUUAAGUACCCCUCAGCCCUCAACUCUUUUGAUCACAUCAUAAAUCGUGCAAAAGAUAAAAAGAUUGUGAUCUUCUUAGAUUAUGAUGGGACGCUCUCACCAAUUGUAGAUGACCCUGAUCGUGCUUUUAUGUCUGCCGAUAUGCAUUCUGCUGUAAAAGGUGUUGCUGAGUAUUUUCCAACAACAAUAAUUAGUGGAAGAAGCCGAGAUAAGGUUCAUGAGUUAGUAGGCAUAGAAGAACUGUAUUAUGCUGGUAGUCAUGGUAUGGAUAUCAUGUUUCCUGUUCAGGACACAGCGUCUAUUGACCAUAUGGGUUACGUUAGAUCUACUGACAAGCAGGGAAAGGAAGUGAACUUGUUCCAACCUGCUAGUGAGUUUAUACCCAUGAUAGAUAAGGUUUUUAAAACCCUUGUCGAGGUUACUAAGGCUAUUACUGGUACAAAAGUGGAAAAUCACAAAUUUUGUACCUCUGUACAUUACCGUAACGUAGAUGAGAAGAGUUGGCUUGCGGUUGCACAAUGUGUUCAUGAUGUCUUAAAGGAUUAUCCUCGUUUGCGACUAACUCAUGGACGGAAGGUUUUAGAGGUCCGUCCGGUAAUUGAUUGGGACAAAGGAAGAGCGGUCGAAUUUCUUCUUGAAUCACUGGGGCUAAGCAACAAUGAUGACGUGCUUCCGAUUUAUAUUGGUGAUGAUAGAACAGAUGAAGACGCAUUCAAGGUUUUGAGAGAAGGAAACCGUGGAUACGGAAUUUUGGUGUCUUCAGUGCCCAAAGAAAGCAAAGCCUUUUUGUCUCUCAGGGACACUUCAGAGGUCCGAGACUUUCUUAAGGCCCUGGUGAAAUGGAAGGAACACGUGGAUAAGAAAAAUUAAGAUGAUUUGGGUACAGAUAUGUUUGUGUGUUAGUGUUAAGUUUAGAGUUUGGUGAAUAAGUGGUGGCCUGUGGGAACUGCAGGCUUGUCUAGCAAAAACAUGUAUUCCUUUUCUUUAAGUUAAUUAUGAGUCAUGGAAUCAAUUUGGGAGUUCU